AUGGAAGACGAGCAUAAUGAACAUCCGAUUUUUACCGUGGAAAAAUUGGUCGGGGUAAAAAUGCAAAAAGGUGUGCGGUAUUAUAAUGUAAAAUGGAGUGGAUUUGGCACAGAAGAGAACACUUGGGAGCCCGAAAACAGUUUCAUUGUAAGUCUGUCGGAAAUCUCUGCCGAUUUCUGUAAAAUACAAAUUUUUCGUAUCAAAUGUCGCCUUGCCAAAAAAUGGAGGAAUUUUGGUAGUUUUGGUUUAGAAUGAUGUAAAUAAGAUCAAACAAGGUUGAUGUUCUGCCUUUUUAUUUGGCUAUUCUAUCCUAGUUUGUUUGUUUUCAGUUUUUUAUAUUAUCCAUGACUGAUCAUUUUUUUUUCAGGAUAGAACUCCAAUUGAAACCUUCGAACGACAACGAGCCUUGGCUGCUCUUAGGAAACAACGGGCUAACAAGAAGAAGUUCGGUGCAAAGUUUGCCACAGCUUCUACUGAUACUUCUGGGUCGAGCUCUUCCGGGGAGAAGAAGAUGAAGUCAACGCCAGAAACCAGCGGUUUGAAGUUGAGGUCGGCCAGUUCCAAGCGGAAGCAGGAGAGUUCUACAAGCUCGAAGAUGUCAGAAGAACCUUAUCCAGAGGGUUUUGAAGAGGCUACUCCUGUUGUCACGAGUUCGGGAAGGUUGACUAAGGUGAGGUUAAUUGUAUUUUGAUGGAAUAGAGGAAAUAUUGGCUGACUUUGAUGUGAUCUGGGCCGAAUACGGUGUAACAUGGAUUGCGCCUGUUUUGGAGUUGGUUUUCUGUUAUUUUACUUGAAAUCAGCUGUUUUCGAAAUGAAAUUUCCGGUGUUACCCAAAAUUUCUGCGAAAAUUCACUUUUGAACAGAAAAUUUUGGUGAUUGCUAAACUUUUCUGUUAUAGGAUCGCGUUAUGGCUUGUCAUCUUCAUUUUCAUUCACAUUUUUUCUCGAAAUUUAUUGUUGGUUCAAAGAUUUCAUCUUGUUUCAGUAUUUUUAAUGUUAUCCAUGACGAUUUUGCCUCGAAAACUCUAGUUUUUUAUUUCCUAUAUGUUGCAGAUUUAUUCAUAGUUAUGAUUUUUUACAGCCGACUCUCAAGUUGCGAGAACAAACUCCGAUUGACACAAAACAACGUAAAGGAAUGGCGCCAAGAAAGACGACCCCAUCGCUUGAUGUUUCCGUAGAGUCUCGGCCAGGAAGUCGUUUGACUCGCCAUCAGGUCAAGGAAGCUUUGAAACCGAUGUUGGAGAAGGAAAGAGAGGAAAGAAUGGUAAGUUUUCCAUUUUGUGCUAGACUUUUGUCAUGUAUAAUAUAAAAUGAGAUCUCUCUGAUGGAGACUUUUGGAGACUCGAUUUAGAAGAAAAUUGAUGUUUUAUACAGUUUGGAGACUAUCAGCGAUCGUAUUAGAUCUGUUUCGAACACCAUUUUUUAAAAUUUGUGAUGUGAUUUCAUCAUGGAUCAACCGAUUACUCCAUUUUUUUUCAGAAGUAUCUUGCCGCGAAAACUAUCGAAAUUGAAGAGCAUUACCACCAAACCUAUCCCAAGAAGUGUUAUUUGGGAUCAAAGAAUACCCCAGAAGUUGUGGCCAAGUUCAGUUUCCCAGAUCUCAUUACCCAUGAAGAGAUGUGUGCCAGAGAUGUUGAAAGAGAGAAUAGACGGGUAGCCUAUGAAGCCGAGAAAAAGCGGAGGGAAGAGAUCAGAAGAAAGCAGGUGGAGAUCAGUGAACAACUUAUUUUACAUCAAGAAAAAAAGAUGGCUGAGCAAGUUGAGGACAUUGUAAGUGGAAUUCUGGGUGUAAAGCCGGAUUUAUCUUGCGUUUUAGGCUGUAUUUGAAAAUAGGAAAGGCUUUUGAACAUCUGAGAUUUUAUUUUUUAUAUUUUUUACCUAAAAUGCUCAUUUUUUCACUAAAAUGAUAUUAUCCUUGUUGUUUUCAGCUGAAUCGCGUCGAUCUCUCCUUCACCAAAUCUCCAGAGCAAUUCCUCAUGUGCCAGCCGGGUUAUCAAUGCCUCGAGGUCAUGCUUGUACUCAAACGGGAACUUGGAGUGGCAGUUAUCGUCCAGUUGAAGCACAGGUCCAAUUUGGUCAUCGAGUGUGUUACAAUCGAAGUUGCCAUGGAGAAAUGCCCCGUACAGCUGAAGGAUUAUAUGAAUGGAAUGGUUUUGGAUGGGAACCGGAACUUGAGGAUUCGCCGUGAUGAAUCCGAAGGGUUCUUUGACCAAAAACGAGCUGAAGAUGCUGCCAAAGUUGUUGAUGAAAAGACUGAAGAGAAGGCGGAACUAAGCACGAAUGAAGCGUUGGAAUGUUUGGAGUCCUCGAUGGCUCAGACUGUCGAUGAAUCAGCUGAUAUUACUCUGGAUCCAUCAAUGGAUUUUACGAUGAAUUCGUCGAUAAAUCCCACAAUAAAUUCCACAAUUCCGGAAUCGAUGAACUGCACUGGAAUUGCAGAUGAAUCCAUGGAAAUUAGCCAACAAACUGAGUACACGAUCGCUUCCACAGAAGAAGAUCUGGUCGACAAUUUCGCAACUGACAUCAUCAGAGAAGAGAAGCUGAUUGAGGCCCCCAAAAUCAUUGCCGAACCUGAGCGAUUCAUUUCCGAACCUUCCAAAUCAUUUGAUCUCACCUCAACGACUCAGCCUGCCGAUGAAACGAUUGAUGAAACAUUUGAAUCGGAAAACUUGGAAAACACUCAAGAUUCAUCGAUGAACGCCAGGUACAUCGAUGAGAAUUUGAUCACUGAGGCCGAAUUAUUGGGAUACAAGACGGAUAUAUCGGAAAGAUCAAUGGAUUUUGUCGCCAUGGAACAAUAA